AUGGAGGACUAUGAAUGUGCAACACUGCAUAAAGUUUCAGCCAAUAAUUUGGAGUCCGUGAUGUUUGAAGAUGUGGCUGUGUACUUUACGGAGAAGGAAUGGGCAGGUCUGGCCCCUGCCCAGAGGGCCCUGUACAAGGAUGUGAUGCUGGAGAAUUAUGGAAACAUAGUCUCCUUGGCAGCAUUUCCGUUUCCCAAACCUGCAGUGAUCUCUCAACUGGAGCGAGGGGAAGAACCAUGGGGUUUGGAUCCACAGGUGGCACCAGAUGGAGAGGACCAUAAAGGAUUUCCAUUUUUAAAACCUGCCAUGAUCUCCUAUCUGGAUCAGAGGGAAGAGCCAUGGGUUCUGGAUCUGCAGAGCAGUCUAAAUGAAGAGGACCUAAGAGGGAUAUACUUUGAUGGCGAGACCAGGAUUGAGUAUGAAGAGCCAAGUCCAAAGCAAGAAAUUUUCAAAGAAAUAAACUCUUAUACACUGCUAUCAGACAGACUUCAGAGGGACAUGCUCCUGGGUUCUACCUUUCAAAAUGGCUAUGGACCAGAAGUUAGAUUAGAGAAGCAAGAGGAAAACCCCUCAGGAGAGAGAAUGAGGCAAGAGUUUCUACAAAGGAUAGUAAAUAAUGAGAGAACCCGCACAGGGGAGAGAAGCAAGAAGAAUAAGAAAUUGAAGAAAGACAUCAGUGUUGACACAUAUCCUGACAUACAUCAGGGAUUUGCUAGAAAACAGAGAUCCUACAUAUGCAAAGAAUGUGAUAAAAUUUUUAAUCGAAGUUCAGACUUUUUUCGACAUCAGAGAAUCCACACAGGGGAGAAACCCUACAAAUGUAACGAGUGUGAGAAAGCCUUCAGGUGGAGCACAAGCCUUAUUCGACAUCAACGAUUUCAUGUCAGAGAGAAACAAUAUAAAUGCCAAGAGUGUGAAAUUGUCUUCAGAAAAAAUUCAGCUUUUAUUCGGCAUCGGAGGAUUCACACAGGUGAAAAACCCUAUGAAUGCCAUGAGUGUGGGAAAGCAUUCAGUGAGAGUACAGGAUACACUAUACAUCAGAGAAUUCAUACCAGAGAGAAACCAUAUGAAUGCAGUGACUGUGGGAAAGCCUUCAGUUGUAAUUCAAACCUUAUUCACCAUCAAAGAAUACACACUGGAGAGAAGCCCUAUGAAUGUAAGGAGUGUGGGAGGGGCUUUAGCAAUAGUUCAGACUUCAUUCAACAUCAGAGAAUUCACACUGGAGAGAAACCUUAUGAAUGUAAGCAAUGUGGGAAAGCCUUCAGUAGAAACUCAGGCUUUAUUCAGCAUUCAAAAAUCCACAGUGGAGAGAAACCCUAUGAAUGUAAAGAUUGUGGCAAAGCAUUUAGUCAGAGCUCACAUUUUAUCCGACACCAGAGAAUCCAUACUGGAGAGAAACCUUAUGAAUGUAAUGAAUGUGGGAAAGGCUUUGGUCAGAAUUCAAAUCUUAUUCGGCAUCAAAGAAUCCAUAUAACAAAUAAAUCUUUGAAAAUAUGUAAAGAAUGUGGAAAAACUUUUGGACAGAACUCGCACCUUAUUCAACAUCAAAGAUUCCACACUGGAGAGAAGCCCUGUGAAUGUAAGGAAUGUGAAAAAUGCUUCAAUCAAAAGAUAACUUUUAUUCGACAUCAAAGGAUCCACACUGAGGAGAAACCAUAUGAAUGUAAUGAGUAUAGGAAAGCCUUCAGUCAGGACUCAAAUCUAACUCAGCAUCAGAGAAUUCACACUGGAAUAAAACCAUAUGUGUGUAAGGAGUGUGGGAAAGCUUUUAGUAGAAACUCAGACCUUAUUCAGCAUCAGCGAAUCCAUACUGGUGAGAAACCAUAUAAAUGUAAGGAAUGUGGGAAAGCCUUCAGUUGUAGUUCACUUUACAUUGUACAUCAAAGAACUCGUACUGGAGAGAAACCCUAUGAAUUUCAAAAGUGUGGGAAAGCAUUCAGUUAUAACUCAGCCUUAAUUCAGCACCAGAGAAUCCACACUGGCGAAAAACCCUAUGAAUGUAAGGAGUGUGGAAAAGCCUUCAGUUACAGUUCUCAUUGUAUUGUACAUCAGAGGAUUCAUACUGGGGGACAGCCCUAUGAAUGUAAAGACGAGGACAAAUCUCAGAAAUGCGGCCAUCUCCAAAGGCCUAGCAAGGAAACCGGAAUCGUAGACGGGACCCCACCGCUGCCUGAUGAUGCAUUUCCGGUGCCGCAAUUGUCCUCUCUAACGGCCUGGGAGAUCUGGGGCUACGCCCCUCCGAGAGGCGAGGUGUUCAUCUCUCCGCCUCCUGAACUCACACUAGGUCUCGGUGAGUGGGAGCAGGACUACCGCUGGUCCGGGAAAGCCCCGAAGAGCCAGCGCUUAAUUUUCAUGGGGCCAGUCCAGCUAAGCCCCUAG